GUGUUUGUAGAUUCUGUCUUUUCCUUUAUUGGGUCAUGCUUUAAAUUUCAAGAUUCUAGUUUUAUUUACUUCAAAAAAGGUGCUGAGUGAGGUCUAUUCAUACUUGGAACAACGAAAGAACAUUGUUCUUUUAUAGCUGUUGCGGCUUUUAAGAAUUUGAGAGGAGACAGUUCUGUUUAUCUAGGAUAUGCAAUAUGAGGGACAAUGGUAACAUCUCUGAAUACCGGGAUAAAUUGGAUCAGACGUUGUCGUCUCAUGAUCUUGUGAAUGAUGAUUUACUUAAGAACCUUGUCAAGAAUCAAAUGCUACGCUCGUCAGAAUGUGGUCUUCAAGAAUGUAGUGACAAUUUGGUAGAGAGAAGAACCAAGGAAAUGGCAAACUUCCUAAGCAUGUUAAGGAGUACAUCUGUAACUGAUAGCGAGAAGGCAAAAUCUUCUGAAGCAGCAUGCGGUGUUUGGAAAAUUAAACAAGAUACUGAAGACUACCGUGUUAUGUAUCGAGAGGGACCGGAAGGAACUCCCUUCCAUACCCUCCUUGUCGAAGGCUAUGUCGAUGGCCCAUCAGAUGUUUGUUUAUGCAUCUCGUGGGGGGCAGAGUUCUACAAUAAAUGGUGGCCGCAAACUACAAUUCCAACAUUUAAGGUUGCAGCCUCGGAGUGCGUGCAGAAGAUCAGAGAGGGUGAACAAAUAUGUUUAGUAAGGAUGAAGCUUUCAUGGCCAUUGUCGACAAGGGAGGCCCUCGUACAUUUCUUUGUAUUUGAAUACCUUCAAGAUGGUCUAAUAGUAGUGCUUCUGAAUUCGAUUUCUGACGUAGAUAGUGUAGAUAGAAGUACUCAUGGGUACUCGAAAGACGGAAUACCACUCCCACAAGAUGUAGUACGCAUUGACGUGGUGGGAGGUUUUGCUAUCCAGAAAGUCACUGAUAAUCGUAGCUACUUCAGGACAAUAGCAAACAUGGAUAUCAAACUGGACUUUAUUCCUCCUUCGCUCAUCAAUUUCAUCUCAAGGCAGCUCGUAGGUGCCGGUUUCAAGCUUUAUAAAAAGGAAGUAGCUUCAGUUACCAAAGGUGACCAAGAUUUCAGCAACGUUCUAAAAGAUACACUAUAUGCUCGAAUACGAAAAGCACUUUAUUCAGAUAAUAUACCUAAUGGCGAUGCGACUUUGGAACAGAAGAAAGAUGUGUGUCAUCUGGACAAAGAGAAAAGAAAUGGCAAAGAAGCACGUGUUAUCCUCGAUGAAGGGACAAGAGAUGAUAGUGGAUCUUCGGGACUGCAAAAAGACUUCAAGAAAGAUGCAUCUCUUCAACUCGACGAACGGAAAAGUGAUGAUAAUGGUACUUUAGAACUCCUAGACAUGAUAAGAGACGUCUAUGUUCACCCGGAUCAAGUAACGAGAACAAACGUUGAAGAUAAAAGCCCCGAGAAGAAGGUGCAUUUUGAUAAUGGUUUAAUCAGUUCAUCGGAGCAGGACAACGUUGUGGUUAAAGACAACAAAGUUCACAGUGAAAUAGAGGAAAUUAAUGAAGACACAACUGAAUCGACUGUAAGUUUAGACAAGAAUGACAUGAAACUCCGCGAUUCUCCUGCUAAUCAACUCGUAAAUGUGCCUGCUAACAACAAGAAGGUUGUGAUUAGCUCUGAGGUCCGACAAGCACUGGGAACUUUGGAGAAGGCUAUUUCUAUCAUAAGGGAUUUCGAACAUAAUUUGGAAAUUAGAUCUGUUUCCGGAAACACUACUGUUAAAUCUUUAGGUGUAGAGGAGGAUGGACGGAAAGACUCAAAAUCAUCAGAAACUGAUCGAAUUCAUGGAAGUGUUGUAGCUCGUGCUGAAUCACCCGAAAAAGAAUUGUCAGAGGCGACACUUAACGAACAAAGGACCAGCUCUGCUAGUCAUAGCUCCAGGGGUGCGAGCAACAUAAGUUCCGAGGACACUUUAUCUUUUGUUUGAACGGCAUGAUUUGAUGAUAACGCCUUUGAUCAUAUGCUCAACGAGUUUUUCUCCAGGCGUACAAGUUUUAGUUUGUGCACGAGGGAAGCUAACCACAUCAAGAAGGUUGCUCCUGCAUCACCAGGCGACGCACCACACGCUGCUGCACGUACCUCAGUAGACCAGUCGAAGGAAGAUAAUGUCGCGUCUGUCCAUGCAGAUACCGUCCCCGGUAAAAAGAAUGGUAAAAGAAAAAGAAAGCUACCAUUUUACUGCUGCCUGUAUUUUCAAGACAAGUCAAGAGUUGAUAAAGAGUAACAAGUUUUGUUCAUAGGAAAGCAACUAUAGUUAUUAAAGAUGUAAAAUAAGGUCAAUUCUAGGUUGUUUUGUAUCUAUUGUUGCUCGAACCCUCCAGAAAUGUUGUCGCACCCGUGGUGGACCCUCCGAAAUUCAAUAGAUUUUGCAGGAUCUGACACACAACCGACACUUUCUUUUGGAAGACUCCGAGCAGCAUAGUUUUGUGUAACAUAGUUUUGAAGGGAGCCUUGUAGUAACUGGUGAAGUUACUCCCAUGUUAAACGUUACGAGUUCAAGCCUUGGAAACAGCCUCUGGCAUAAAUGCAAGGUAAGGUUGCGUACAGUAAUACGGGAGCUUUAGUGCAUCAGGCUGCCCUUUUUACAAUGUAACUAAACAUGCUCAUAUUUAUAAGUGAUUUUUACGCAGUUA